AUGGCACUCGUGCCUGGACCAAGAAAGACGGCCACGGUGUUCGUCGGGAACAUUCCUUACGAUGCCACAGAAGAUGAUGUCCGCGCACAUUUAUCCCAAGCUGGCAAAGUGGAUUCCUUCCGCAUGGUCUUCGACAAGGAAACUAUGCAGCCGAAAGGCUACGGCUUCUGUGAUUUUGCCGAUCCUGAAACAGCUGUGGCUGCAAUCAAGAUCCUUAGCGAGAGAGAGUGCCACGGUUACUACGAUUGGACCUUGCUGACAAUGAAUUGGCGCGUGGCAUGCCAGCACGAGGAGCUGCCAAGGCUGGCGAGCCUGGUAAAACUUCAACUGUUUUUGUGCGGGGCUCGGAUUCAUGCCAUGUGUUCCACGGAGCAAGAUGCACUGAGAUGCCGUUAG